UUUCACUUGGCAAGAAACCGCGAGGAGAAUUGAACCAAACCUUCCAUUCUAGUCUUCCUUCUUCCUCGUCGUCUUCUUCUUCUUCUUCUUCUUCUUCUUCUUCUUCAAAUUCUACCGCAAGUUUUCUCUCAAUCCGGGCGCGGAGUGGGUAGGGAUCACUCCGGCGAUCUGUGAGCCACCUUCUUCGUCGCAACUUGCAGCUGGAUCAAUUCUGACGGGUCGGGACUGUUUGUCGGUGUCGGAUUGGGCUCUGCAGCAGGCGAUUUGCUGGGCUGAGCUCCGGCGGUGGUUCUGAGCUCAGAGGAGGAUGUUCUUCAGCGGCGAUCCCUCUACGCGCAAGCGCGUGGCGUUGGGGGGCCGUAGCACUAAGGAGAGGGACCGGCAGAAGCUUUUGGAGCAGACUCGGUUGGAACGGGAACGGAGAUCGUGGCAGAGGAAGCAGACCAGCGCUGCGAUCAAAAUACAGAAAUUUUAUAGGGGGAGGAAGGACAUGCAAGCUACACGGGGUGAAAUACGAGAACAAUUUUACCGGACUUAUGGGAAGCGUUGUGAAAAAGCUGACAGUCAUUGUUUCUGUCCAGAUUCAGCUUUCCUCCGCCAGUUACUUUUCUUCUUCAAUGCUAAUAAUGUUGGUGAUUUUUCAAUCCUUGUGGAGGUGUGUCGAUUUCUUCGACAGUACAUGCAAGAGCAGGGUGAUCUUGUGAGCCUCUUUGCAGGCAUGGAUUACUCUUCAAAGAAAGCUUUGGUGGAUUAUAGAGUGAAGCAACUUGCAUAUACUUGUAUUCAGGCUGUCUGUAAAAAUAGAGAUAAGUUGAGGAAACAACCUAGUUUGUUAUUUAGUGGAUCUAGCCAACCAAUGGUUCUCUUGUUAGAAGCAGCUGCUUUGCUGAUUGAACCGAAUCUACCAUGGGUCUGUAAGACAGUCGGGUAUCUCUUGCAAAGGAACAUUCUUGCAGAUUUCAGAGAGAUCAUUCUAAUACUGCAGGAAAGUACCAGAACUGCUAGCUGCAGUGAAUUUCUUUCUUCGUUGGAGCGUCUGCUGGGCCUUAUGAUUCCUCACACUGGUCAGAUGCCCUGUAGUUGUCCAAGUGUAGAUCUGCAAUGGAGUUUCUCAUCGCAGCUUCUUACAGUGCCUUUCUUGUGGCGACUUUUCCCACAUCUGAAAGAGGUUUUUGCAACACAAGGCUAUGGUCAAUAUUAUAUCCAUCAAAUGACGUUCUGCAUGAAAAAUUAUGCCGGUGUACUACCUAAGGAUCUAUCUCCUGAACUCCCUGGUUAUGCCUGUCUCCUUGGAAAUAUAUUGGAAACUGCUGGAGUUGCUUUGGCCCAACCUAACUGCAGUUUUGAAAUGGCUAUAGACCUCGCCGCAGUUUUGACAUGUUUGUUGGAAGCUGUUACCCCUCUGAAGAAAUCUAGUCAAGAAAAUAAAGAGAGUUCCAUGCUAAGCGAUGAUGAUGUGAUGUCAGACGAUGAUUUUAUGAGUAUGACUCUUAAUAAAGAUUUGGAACAACAUAUAUUAAGUGUGAUCAAUUCACGCUUUCUUCUCCAAUUGAUAAAUGCUCUAUUUGGACCGUUACGUGUCGGUGGUUUGAAUCAUGAACAAUCUGAUCGGAGGCGGGUGGCAGCUGUUGAUGCUGCUUGUGCUUUUCUACAUGUUGCAGUUGACACUUUCCCCCUUGAUCAAAUUUUGAUUGUGUUAGCAUAUGGAACUGAACUUGUAACUGUGCUAUGGAAGUUUAUUAAGUGGUGCCAUGAAAAUGACAAGUGGCCAGUUUUAUCAGAGCUUUCCCAAUAUUUGGGAGGAGAAGCACCUGGCUGGCUUUUGCCCCUCGCUGUGUUCUGCCCAGUGUUCAAGCACAUGCUUAUGCUAACUGACAAUGAAGAAUUUUAUGAGCAAGGGAAGCCCCUCCCGUUGGAGGAUAUCAGAUGCUUAAUUGUUAUUUUGAGACAGGCCUUGUGGCAGCCUCUAUGGACGCAACCUAAGAUAGCUUGUAAUCAAGUGAAAGGUGCUGCUAAAAGCCUUUCUAAUAACAGGAGUCGCUCAGAAAUCCUUCAGCACAAGGUUAGCGUGGAAGCUUCUCAGCUUCUCUCUCAGCUGCAAGAUUGGAAUAACAGAAGGCAGUUCACUCCUCCCAGUGACUUCCACGCAGAUGGUGUAAAUGAAACUUUCAUUUCUCAGGCUGCGGUUGAGAACACCAAAGCUCACGAGAUAUUGAAGCAAGCCCCGUUCUUGAUUCCAUUUACUAGUAGGGUGAAGAUAUUUGCUUCACAGCUGGCUGCACAUAAGCAAAGGCAUGGGUCUCAAGCUGUUUUCACCAGAAACCGGUUCAGAAUACGGCGUGAUCAUAUUUUGGAAGAUGCUUACGAUCAGAUGAGUGCAUUAUCUGAAGAGGAUCUUCGAGGGCUGAUUCGCGUCACAUUUAUCAAUGAAUUUGGAGUUGAGGAGGCUGGUAUUGAUGGAGGCGGAAUUUUCAAAGAUUUCAUGGAAAAUAUUACAAGAGCAGCCUUUGAUUGUCAGUAUGGAUUGUUUAAGGAGACAUCCGAUCAUUUGCUUUAUCCUAAUCCUGGAUCCGGCAUGAUACAUGAACAGCAUCUUCAAUUUUUUCAUUUUCUUGGAACUCUUCUCGCGAAGGCCAUGUACGAAGGAAUUCUUGUGGAUAUACCAUUUGCAACUUUCUUCUUGAGCAAAUUAAAGCAAAAGCACAACUAUUUGAAUGACUUGCCUUCUUUGGACCCGGAACUGUAUCGUCAUCUUAUUUUCUUGAAGAAUUAUAAGGGUGACAUUUCGGAAUUGGAACUGUACUUUGUUAUUGUCAAUAACGAAUAUGGGGAGCAAAAAGAAGAGGAGCUUGUUCCUAAUGGGAGAGACAUGCGGGUCACUAAUGAGAAUGUCAUAACUUUUGUUCGUCUUGUAGCCAAUCACCGGCUAAAUUUGCAGAUCCGUCAACAAAGUACGCAUUUUCUUAGAGGGUUUCACCAACUUAUGCAGAAAGAGUGGAUAGAUAUGUUCAAUGAGCAUGAACUUCAGCUCCUAAUAUCAGGUUCCUUGGAAAGUUUGGAUGUUGAUGAUCUGCGCGACCACACCAAUUAUGCUGGUGGUUAUCAGAAGGAUCACUAUGUCAUCGAGAUGUUCUGGGAAGUUCUCAAAGGUUUCUCAUUUGAGAAUCAAAAGAAAUUUUUGAAAUUCGUGACCGGGUGCUCUCGGGGUCCGCUUCUUGGAUUCAAAUAUCUGGAGCCUGCACUCUGCAUACAGAGGGCUGGAGGUGCUGCUUCUGAUGAAGCUCUUGACCGGUUACCAACGUCUGCUACCUGCAUGAAUCUUCUCAAGCUUCCUCCAUACACAAGCAAAGAGCAGCUAGAGACAAAACUGCUCUAUGCCAUCAAUGCCGAUGCCGGGUUCGACCUGAGUUGAUGACCAUGUGCAGUGAAAUGUUUUUAGUUGAGGUCCAAUGCUUAAUCAGGACCAUCUUUUUAAUUGGUCAAGCCCAUGGGAGGUUCCCCGUAUAUGAUGAGGUGAGCAUCGAACUUGUCAACAAUGACCAUGGAAAAUUCAAUGAGGAAAUUUCCAUAUCUCUAUCAGAAAGGUGAUAUCAGUGGAGGCAGGACGUGAAAGUCGUGUACAUAAUUGGGCCUACCUCCAAAACAGUCCUUGUAAAUCGACCCUAUCCAUCGGGAGAGAGCCCAUGUAAGUGGGGUUUCUCACAGCCAAUUCUGUGGUCCAACUCGUGGAAAGUACUCAUCGGAACAAUUUGUUUCCGCUCAAACUUGUGUGUACAGUAAAGGUUCUUCUGCUGGUAUCUCUGUACAUGUAGAGACAGCCGAUCUGCAGAUUACGGUUUGAAAGUAUUUAUCUGCAAUAACUUACAAUGAGAUAUGCCUUUGGGAAAAUAUUUUUUGAGAAGUCUUGUUAAUUAUAA